UCCUCCCCAUCACUUCUCCACUUCUCUCACUGCAUCCUCCCAGCAAGCAGGAGACUCCCUCACUCUCUGCAUGGGCUGCAUGUGGACAUGGUGGAAACACUGCUUUAAGAUUCAUCAUCCUGAAGGAAAAGAAGUGAACUUAGGCUGUCACUGGUGAUGCUGUGAGAAGGAAAGGAGGAAGAGGACCUUUAUCUCAGCUCUUCUGCCAAAACAAAGUACCAAAAUGCAACCUGUGUCCCUGCACAGCCUUUCAGAGCUGGAAAGAGCCAGUUUGCAGGAGCUAGCCCUCUACCAGCUGCAAGAAAAGCUGCUUGUUGGAGAUCUCAGCCUGGCUAAAGUUGGACCUAAGGGCGGUAAAUCUAUCCGUCAGAAACUGGAGAGCUUUUCAAAGGAGAAGAAAGACUGCUCUCCUCAGACUUUUGGGAUCCCACUGUGCCAAGUCAUUGCCAAUGACCGUGCAAACAGACAACUGCAAGAAACAGUGAAGAGCAGCCGCCGGUUCUGCGUGGAGGUGGAAGAAACAGUGACAAACUUUCGGGCUCAGAUGCAGAAGAGAUCCCCGCUGGGCAGGGGCUGUUUGCUGGUACCUUAUGAAGUGUUCCCUGAGGAGCCUCUUUCCCCAGAUUUUCCUGACCAUAACUCUUCCUGGAGUCAACGAAGGGGAGCCAUGUCUGUGGACUGCAUCACUGAACUGAGUGGCAACAGUUCCAAGCUGCUGGAGGCACUGCAGUUGUCACAUCCCCAUGAGCUGGAUCCCCGGAGGAACCUGGGCAAGAAAAAGAUGUUAAGCCUCAACCCCAUCAUCUGGCAGGUCCCACGGAUUGUGGACAGAUGUUGCAAACACAUUGAAACAUAUGGUCUCCAAACAGUGGGCAUCUUCCGGGUUGGGAGCUCCAAGAAAAGAGUUCAGCAGCUGAGAGAAGAGUUUGACCAUGGGCUGGAUGUCUUCUUGGAUGAGCAUCAAAGUGUUCAUGAUGUCGCUGCUCUGCUCAAAGAGUUUCUUCGUGACAUGCCAGAUUCACUGAUUCCCAGGGAGCUCUACACAGCCUUCCUCAGCACAGCCUCUAUGGAGGGCCCACAACAGCUGGCUGUGCUGCAGCUGCUGCUCUUCCUGCUGCCCCCCUGCCACAGUGACACGCUGCACCGUCUCCUGCAGUUCCUUAGCAAGGUGGCACGGCAUGCUGAGAACUCCUGGGGCCCCAAUGGCCAGGAGAUCCCUGGGAAUAAAAUGACAGUUUCAAACUUGGCCACUAUCUUUGGUCCCAAUAUCCUUCAGAAAGAGAGGCCUGGAGAAAAAGAUGCUGGAGCCAUGAACUUUGAAGACAGUACAGCUAUCAUACUGGUGGUUCAAAGGCUGAUUGAGCAUUAUCAGACCUUGUUCAAGGUCUCUCCAGAAACACAGCAUGAGAUCCUCAGGAGACUGUUUCAGACAGACCCUGAUGUCAUUGACUACCUCUUACGCAGGAAAUUCAAUGCUGUGCUGCGCACAGAAAGUGAGAAUUCGACAGAGGAGCAUACUCCAAUCCUGAUGUCUCAUCAGACCCCGGAAAGUAACUCACUCUCAGAGUUGUACAGCAACAUCUCAUUCCUGAACUUGAACGUUGACAUCUAGCCAGAAAUCAGCUCUGCCUUCCAUGGACAAAACUGGGCAACGUUUCCACUACAAAAAUACAAAAAUAUGUUCUCUAUCCUGCUUUGGAGGAGUGGAAAAUGGAAGGGUGCAUGAAUGUAUGCGAAAGUAUCUUUGCUAAAUGUAGGCGUGCAAAAUGGUUCCAGUGUAGUCAGUUCUGCAGCAGAAUGGAUUUUCAGUUACAGUUUCAUUGUCUGGUAGCUCACAGGGACAGGGCUGGGAGAGAAGCAGCUUGGGCUGAGACCCACUGGGUGUGACUGGCCUGAAACACAAGUGAGUGGAGACUGCUAGCAGGGCAGUAAGGAUGGGAAAAUGCAGUUCAACUUCAUGCAGUCCAUACUUUGGUAUGCCACUCGCCGUGUGUUGUCCUGUCACUGCUUUGUGCAGAAAGACAUCUCAGAGCUGAAGAAAUGACCAUAACCCACCAUUACUGCAAAGAUCUGCGUGCCAUGUUCAGAAAGAAUCAUGGAUAUAUGUAUAUAUUUAAAUUUUGAUUUCAGGUUUCCAACUGCUAAUUUUAUAGAUAGAAAACACAGUAUUGACCACAGAAUAUAUAGGUAGUGUAGUACAAAAGAAAAGUAUACUCUGAACGUCUUUAUUCCUUGAAUAAUAUUCAGUAAGUAAACUAUCUAAUGUAUUACAAUGUAUUAUGGAUAUUGAGUGUCUUAUGAUCUUUGGCUGAUAAAUGUCUGGUUUGGUUUUUUCCUGCAUCUGAUGCAUUGGAAGGCACUGCAAGUUACAUGCAAAUGUAUGUUUUUAGCUGAUGGGAUAGAAUGAAAGUUAUCAGCAAAUAUUUUCUGCAGUAUUCUUUCCAUUUGCACUGCUAGACAUGUUUGGUGGCCCCUUCCCCAAUCAACCCCUAGGUUGGGCUGUCCUUAGACGAAACAGCAGUGAAAGGAGGGGUGCUAUGGAAAGCCUUCCCCAGGCCUUCAGGUAGGCCCAAAGCACACUGAUCCACAGCCAGCAUAACAUAGGAUAAAGCUGCCCAUGGUGUUCCCAGGCUUGUUCUUGCUUUGUUCACACACCAGAUAUCUGGAGGAGGGGAAGCUGCUCUUCUGGGAUCAGUUAAUCACGUGCGGAAGGCCAAACUUUCAGCAAGCACAGGACAGAAUGUCCCAGUGAACAGGGAGUAGGGGCUGAGGCAGAGUUUGAGUCUGCAGGGAAGAGUGCUUGUUUUCUAGUUGGUAGAUCAGGAGAGGCUGAAAUAAAGGAGCAUAGGAUGGGGGGGGGUGACUGUAGAUUUGCAAGUUCUUUGAAUGAAUCUGCCUUUUCUAACAGUUCUGUCUUGUCUUCAGGUGAAGACUUAUGCUCUGGAAGUGUUACAGCUUUGGGUAUUGGAAGCAUUUCAGAGGUUUAGUUGUGUCAUGCCAUGAUAUGAUGAAAACGUUUGCCUUUGUGCUCCUGAUAGAUUCUGACCUCUUCUAAAGGCUGUUUUCCUGAUGUGGUACAAAGAUGGUGUAUGUGGAAAAGGAGGUCACAGACAAGGAGACAACAAUGCUGUAAACCGUGCACAGAACACUUUUUGUCUUUCAGUUGUUUUUUGAGAUCGUGAAUUUUAUAUUUGCUUGGUCUGAGAUGUCAAUGAUCAUAUUCAUAUUCAAAGUCGAGACUUUCCUUCCAAGAAAAUGCAGAGUGCCAAGAAGAGGGCGAGCACAUAGGAAGUUAAGAGAUCACAUGAGGAGGGAGAAUAGGUGCCCAAAGGAGUGUUGAUGUAGAGAACUAGGACAGACAGGUAGGGAAGGAAGAUGGGUAAAGCUGGAGUGCUGCAGAACAGGAAGGAGGCAGGAUAUGAGAUAUGCUGGCAUUUUUUUGGUGCUGGGGAAAGAGGGAUCUGGUGUCACAGCUCCUCCCUUUUGGACACCCUGAAAUCAACUGCAAAUCUAUUACUUAUUCUGGAGAUAGAGAUCAUGAGAUACACAAUGACACUUAUUUUCUUUGAACUGUGGAGAAAUUGAGUGGAUUUAUAACUCAGGGCACAGGUUGCCUGGCUCCUUUUGCUACUUGCCCUAUAGGUCUCUACCAACCUGACAUUUAUGUUACAUUUAGGCAGCACUGAGUUUUUCCUGUGUGAUGGAAACUUCUGAUUACUAAUUAAUUUUAUCUUACCUGAGUUCAUAUAUUAUUUGAUACUCUUCCAAAUGCAGUCUUUGCAGGAAACUGAUUAAAAUUUAUCUGUACAGAAGCUCCCAUCCCAUCAGAAGCACUUCCUUUCACUGUGAGCUCCUCAUCAGCACUGCCAUCCACUGACGUAUGGAAAUAGUAUUUGUUUGUUUGUUGCUGUAGUUUGAAUGUCUUACACUGCCAUGUUGUGUUGAUGCUGAUGUACUUCGCACCCCUUCCUCUCAACAAAAUGACUGGAAAAUAGAAGAAUACUUUUGAAAAGGAACCGUGUCUGAGGGCUUGACAGAACUGUGCCAUAGGGAUAGCAAGGAGAGGUAGCAUGAUGGGACUGGAGAUGAAUUGCCAAAGAAAGACUAGAGUCAUCUGGGGUUUUCAAAGCCCAGAUCUUCUUGGGCACUCCACACAGAGGUUGCACCACCUGGCAGCUGUUUGAGAAAUGCUCUGCAUAGGUCCCUGCAUGAGAUGUGCAGUUAAGGUUGGGAUUAAUGCUGAAUUUCCAUGUAAGGUUAUGAUUAUGUCCUCCUACUUCCAAGUUUUUUAGUGGGUUGAAGCUUUCUCAGGACAAUUGAAUUAGUUUAGGGAAGUUUUGAUGUGGGGGGAGAUGAAUAAAUGCACCGUAUUAGUUUCACUGAUAAAAUCUUUUUUCCUAGGACUAAUGGCAGGCAUAGGCUUAGUGUGUGUUCAGUGGUAGAAAUAGAGCUAGGGUUAAUUUUAGUUUAGGACUGAUAGGGAUUAGUAGUGGGAUUAGGGUGACUAUGGGAUUGAGAUAGACUAAAUAUUUGGGCCUUUUCUGAUGGAAACAGUUUGUAUGUCCUCUGCAUGCUCAGGUGAAAUUUGUGACCAUGGGAAAACAUUUGGGGUCAUGCAAACAACUGAGGCAGGUUUUCAUUAGGGAUUAAGUUUUGUUUUGGGGGCAUAACUCAAGUGCAGACCUAUGUACUCCAGCACUUCCCUCUUUGUGAGGAGGGAGCUCACAGCUCAGCUCAUGUGUCCCACACUUGUCAUUACAGUGCUUGGCUUUGGCCAUUCUUUUUAGCUUCAAAAGGAUUGUUAGUGAAUACAUGAUCUUUCUAGCACCAGACAGGGAGAGGAGAUAUUCCACCAUAGCCUCAUCUGACCAGUGCUUGAUACCUGCACAGGGUACUGCAUCUUUGCAGCUGCGCUGCUUGAGAUUGAACUCUUGCUUUGAAAAGGUCUUCUUUUCCUGUGGAUGGGUACACUCAGAAUGGAUGGAGAAGCAGUACCCAGAAAAUAGCAGGCUAAAGAAGGAUGAGUGUGCUGAGAGAUAGCUGGUGAAAGCCUCCCACGAAUCCAGAGAUUAGCGGUGCUGUUGACUCUGCAGGAACAGAUAAACACAGGAUGCCAUGAGUUGCUGAAUGCUCCCGGGGCCAUCAACACUCUCAGGCAGCCAAUGGCCAGCUGUGCAACCAGGAUCAUAUCCAAGAAGGCAGAGAGCAGCUGGUCUGUGCUGACAGAUGCAGGAUUAUACCUGGUGCAAAAGCAGACCUUCUGGGGGACCUUUCAGUUUCUUCCUAAAAGCCUCUGGCCCAUCAGUGAGACUCUGCUCCUCAGUCAACAGUCAGCAUUGGUCUUGCUGUCCCCAUGGGGUGUGAGUGACACCUUAUCUUGUGUCAGCCACAACAGCUUGAGUUCGUUAGCAGCACUAAUGAGGAUAAGGUCUUCUAGUAGCCAGUGCCGUUGGUGGCUCAGGGCAGGGGUUUUACAGCAGUUGGAUGCCAUUUCUGUGAAACCCUCAAGAGACAGCACUGGGAAGGAAACAGAUCCUCAGUUUAGGAGGAGUGGUUACAAAUACUCAUAAUUUUGAAUUCAAGAAAAAGCAGAUGAUCUCUCUGUCUUUAAAUGGACAUAAGGACGCUCAAAUCAUUAUGCCCAUGCAACACCUGGACUGCAAAUCAUAUUUUUGUCAUGUUGAAAUAUGGAAUGUUGGACAUGUGGGGAAUAGAGGGGUAAGUCUUGCUUAGUGCAGCAGAUUGAUGGGAUAUCCUGAGAAGGGCUGUCCUAAAGGAGUGUCCUGUAUGGGAUUCCCUGGUGCCUGCGUAACACAUUUGAUGGAGGAGGUUACAAAAGAGGCAAAGGAAAGGUGCAAAUGUGCAGUGGCAACAGUGGCAAGCUGAAGUCUGAAGAUGCCAGCAAAACACCAAAUGAGAAGCGCCUUGGGGAAAUAUAUUGCAGAGCCAGACCGGGUUUGAAGAUGUGAGUGACAUUCAGGCUGUGUGUUUGGCUGACACCAGAGUAGCAUCAAGCAAUCGAUGUGCCUCGCCCCUUUGGAAGCCACGCUUAAGGCAACGAAAAGUUCUGCAGUCACCUCUGUGCCCUGUAGAGGCACCCCGGCAGACAAGCUGGCUGCACUCAGAUUCAUUUCAAACGUGUGCACAACGCACACUCUGCGUUUCAUGUGCUGCUCCCCACGGGCCAUGGGAAGAAAUGCAUUUUCAAAAGCACCACUAUGUAGGGCAUUUAAUUCUUGUUCUUGAUUAUGUUAACCUGAAAGUGAUGGCUAUGAUGAAACGCUAUUUGCUCUGCUUUGCAAGAAAACUCCUUUUAAAGUUUGCUUGUGCAAAAGUGUGCCAAGCACUGUAUUAAAGGACAACCGAGGGUUCACCGCGAAGCAUGAAGUGGCUGUCCUUUGCAGCCACUGCAGAGAAAUGCACUUUUCAAAGAUUAAUUAUUUUUUACUGAAAAGAAAGAAAAUUGCUUAGUGUAAGGUUCUUCCAUUGCAUGCAAGGCUUGAAACUUCACUGGCAGGGGAUAAACCGGGAUGUUGCUGAAAGCUCCACAUGAGGGCAGCUGUCACCACUUGUCUCUGUAAGUGUGCUGCUUCCUCUCAGCAGCAUGAAGUGCUCUUUCAGCAGCGCAGCAGCAGACACUGCCUGGCACGUGUGCUUACAUAUGACUUGUUCUAUUUCAGCUUCCUCAAACAAACAAGACUUCAUGAAUCGGUCGCAGAGCACUGUUGUUCCUGAAGCACUUUACCCGACCCUUGCUCAGCUGCUACCCCAAUAGGCCUGCUCCUCAGAAGAGAUGCAGGCACAAAGCUGAAGGAUAGAAGUAAAGCUAGAUCCUGGCAAAUCUGCUUGGCUUUUGCCAUGCUUCAGUUUCAGCCUCUUUUACCCUGCUACCCACCUGAAUUUGCAAACUGCUAUAAAAAUAUGUUUUAAAACAGUCAGAAAUUUUGUCUGGCAGUUUGCAGCCCCCAGGUGCCAGGACAGAGUGAUGCUGCUGAGGGCAGCUGUGGGCUGCCUGCUCACACACUGCUGGAAGCAGUUUGGGCUACACAACACCAGAGGGGUUUUACAGCUAGAGUCAGCUUUAGAGGUCUUAAGAAGGUUAGAACUGGUAGAGUUCUGCAGCAGAACCAGCCCAAAGCUGGCUGUGGGCCAGCACUCUUGUGGCUUA